AUGUAUCUCAUUCUCAUUCCCCUUAUUCUCCCCGUGCUCUACUGGAUUGUUAAUCUACUCUACGUCACCUUUGUCUUCCGUUCCCUUCUCUCCGUCCCGGGUCCGUUUUGGACCCGCUUGACUCGGCUGUGGUACUUUGAUCGGGUGCGUCGAGGCGACUUCGAAAAGGACAAUAUUCGUCUUCAUCAACGGUACGGCCCUGUCGUCCGCAUAGCCCCGGAUCAUUAUAGCAUUAGUGACCGGGCAGCUGUGAGAGCAGUAUACGGGACAGGGAGCAAGUUUGCCAAGUCAGCAUGGUACGAAGGGUGGAAACAUCCCGAUCCUGAUAAAUGGACACUAUUUCCCGAUCGGAAUGUGAGGAGGCAUGCGGAGACACGAAGGCGAUUCUCCAGCCUGUACUCGAUGACCUCGUUGGUCCACUAUGAGCAAUUCGUAGAUCACUGCACAAAUCUCUUUUCCCAGCGACUGACCGAGUUCGCGGAGCGGGGCCAAAGUUUUAAUCUCGGAUACUGGCUCCAGUGCUAUGCCUUUGACGUGAUUGGAGAAAUCACAUUUGGCCAGCGAUUUGGAUUCCUGGAUCGGGGCCACGAUAUCGAGGGUACCAUAGGUGCGCUCCAGAGGUUGAUGACAUACAGCACGCUCGUUGGUGUCUAUCCCCAGUGGCAUCCUCGGUUAUUUGGACCGCUGAGCCGGUUCAGUUGGUCCGGAGCGGGCGGACGCGCGUAUAUCAUGCGUUAUGUGGAGCAGAGAAUUCGACAACAUAAAGACUGUCCAAAGUGGGAUGUCGAGAAUGACACUCUCCAGACUCAGGACUUCCUGGAGAAAAUGGCGAUCGCCCGGGACAAGGAUCCGGAAAAGGUCACCGACUAUCACCUGUUCAUGAUGGGACUGUCAAAUGUAAUUGCGGGAUCGGAUACUACAGCCAUCAGCCUUGCUUCAAUUAUGUAUCAUCUACUGCAAUAUCCUCCUGUCCUAGAGAAGCUACGCCGCGAGAUCGAUGAUUUCACUGCACAGGGUCUUUGCAGUGCUCGCGUCACAUUCAAAGAGAGCCAGCGAAUGCCGUAUUUCCAAGCCGUCAUCAAGGAAGCACUUCGUAUGCACAGCGCCACAGGCCUGCCCCUUUGGAGGGAAGUUCCAGCCGGAGGAGCCGAGAUCAACGGCUAUUUUUUCCCCCAAGGCGCAGUUGUUGGAGUGAAUACUUGGGUAGCGCAUUACGACGAGGCAGUAUUCCCAGACGCAACAACAUUUCGACCGGAAAGAUGGAUUGAAACGGAGAGUGACCCAGAAAAGCUGAAGGUUAUGAAUGACAUGUAUAUGCCGUUUGGCCUCGGGUCACGUACAUGUCUUGGAAAACACAUCUCUAUUCUUGAGAUAUCCAAGCUUAUCCCCGGGAUCGUUCGAGACUUUGACUUUUGCAUCAAGAACGGAACAUGGACCACUAAGAACAUCUGGUUUGUAAAGCCCACAGAUUUCGAAGUCUCGGUCACCAGGAGAAGCCAUACGUCAACCUGA